AUGGCAAUUAUCAAUGGUGUUAAACCCACCCCAAAUAACCAAGCUUUCAAAUGCAGUAAAAACGGUAAUCUUAAUUCUGAUAAUUUGCUAAAAGAACGAGAUGACACAUUCAAUGCACUUAAAAACCGUGGUGCACCAAAUUCAGCUUACCCUGGUUAUGAAAUCAGCACUGGUGAUGGAAUUUGGGUCACCUCGCUUUGCCCCCCACAUGCCCAGCUCGAACAUUGUCGGAGUUGUGUCAACACCACCAUCCCAUAUCUACAAAAAAAUUGCCCCAAACAAAAGGAAGGUGUCGCUUGGACAAUAUAUUUGAAAGUGUAUUGUAUGGUGCGUUAUGCAGAUAAUCCAAAUUUUGGAAAUAUUGCGGAAUGGGGUUGGUUCACUCCCUCGGCAACUCAUGCUCCAACUCCUGCUAACGCUGGUGAGUUGGAGAAGGCGUUGAAUGAUUUGUCGAAUCAGUUGAAGGAAAAGGCAAAGGGAGUUAAUAACAACAGAUACGGGACUGGGUCUAUAAAUUAUGGGCCAGGUUCCAAGACUUUAUAUGCGGCGAUGCAGUGUACUCGUGGUAUGGCAAUAGAGGAAUGUGUGAAAUGUUUAUCCGAUGCAACUAAUGAGAUCCAUAAGUGUUGUAGCAAGUUAAGAAAAACUGGUGGAAUAGUCUUGUCUAAUAAAUGUAGCUAUUGGUAUGAACAUUUUAAGUUUUUUCCCUAA